AUGAAGCUAUCUUCUGUUGCUAUCACCGCUUUUGUCAUCCUGGUAGGCGCCAGUUCGACCAACGCCACAUUUUCCAUCGCAGCUGUUGACCAGAGCACUGGGGCGAUGGGAGGCGCCGGUUGUUCCUGUAUCUAUAAUCUGCCUCAGUAUCCACCCAUGCCAUUCACUCUAUAUGAAGCUCUUUAUCAUCCUGUGCCAGGGAAAGGUGUGUUCGUCACACAAGCUCAACCACCCAAAAGCCCCCAUGCAGUCUACAAAGCUGCCACAAAGUCUCUGAAGAACGAUGCAGAACCCAAAGACAUCAUAUCCAAAAUCACAUCUGAUUCUGUGGAUCCUGGAGAAUUCUUCAACACUGGUUUACCCAACAAAGGCGUUCGUCAAUAUGGAAUUGUGGACCUCAAGGGACGAGCGGAUGGAUACACUGGUGACGAAAUUGGUGACCUGAACGUCCUGGAUGGGUUCAACUCAACAAGCGUCCAGGUGUACACGGAAAAGCACUACAGCCCUAACGCGAAUGUGGGCCCAGGAAAGAACUAUGCCUACGUUGCUCAGGGGAACAUUGUUUCUCUCAACACUGUCCAAACCAUGGCCAGUGCGUUUGAACGAGACGAUGGAUGUGAUUUGGCCGGUCGUCUGUUCAACGCGUUGAAUGCAGUCGACGAAGCUAACAAAAAGGCUAACGCAACUGGCACUACCGAAGACAACAAUUUUGAAGGCGAUGUGCGCUGUGAAGAAAUGAAUGGAUAUCCAGGCUAUCAAGCAUUUGUGCAUGUUGAUUUUAAGGACGGUAGUGCUAUGCAUCUCGAGUGGAUUGUCGAGUUCAAUGAUUGGAGCAACAAGCAAGGAAUUGAGGCGAACAACACGAUCAAUCCCUUUGAUAAAUUGAACGAACAGUACAAAGCCUGGCGGGCCGACCACGAUUGCCCCCCUACAUCUGGAAAGGUCCGUCGUCGCGCCAGUGUAGGAAGUGACUUGGGAAAGCCCUGGUUCGGGUGGUAG